AUGGCGCCAUCCAGGUCCAGGCUCGCCCUCUGCCUCCGGUUCCUGUUCCUGUGUGCGAUGGUGGUUCACCAGCUUCCUCUCUCUGCCCGCGCCGGCGACCCCGACAUCCUGACAGACUUCGUGGUGCCGCACGCCACCGACCCGUCCCUGAUCAACGGCACCUUCUUCACGUACACACGCCUCAUCACCAGCAUUUCCGGCGACUCGGCAAAGUUCAUCGUCUCCAAGGCCACCGCCGCGGAGUUCCCGGCGCUGCUGGGGCAGUCCGUCUCCUACGCCGCCCUCGUCUACGGCCCCGGCACCAUCAACCCUCCGCACAUCCACCCCAGGGCGUCGGAGCUGCUGUGCGUGGUGCAGGGCCCUCUGUUGGUGGGGUUGAUCGACGCCGCGCGCAACGGCACGGUGUACACGCAGACGCUGGAGUCCGGCGACAUGUUCGUGUUCCCAAAGGGCAUGGUGCACUUCCAGUUGAACAACGGCACCGACGUGGCCCGCGCCAUCUCCGCCUUCGGCAGCGCCAGCCCCGGCACCAUCUCGCUCCCCUUGACGCUCUUCGGGACCGGCAUCGACGACGCCGUCCUGGAGAAGUCUCUCCACACCGACAAGGACACCGUCGAGGCGCUCAAGCACGACGAGCAGCCGCCCGCGGCCGCGCCCGGGCCAAUAGCCAUGCCACCGUCCUCGUCCGCCGCCUCAGUCGGAGCGGCGCUGCUGUCACGUUCGGCAAUGCUGCUGCUCUGCUUUGUCGCUGCUUUCAUCGUCUUGUGA